UUUCUCAAUCUGUCAAAAAUUGUAAUGAAAAAAUCACAAGUGUGAAAUUGUUACUCGUUUCUAGAUUCUUGUGUUGCAAACAAAGGGGAAAGUUCUAAAAAUAGCCUGUAUUUUUCCAAAAUAUAUUACUUUUGUAUUCUUUUCCUGAUAUUGAAAGGCCAUGGGGGCUGUUUUAGGACUCUGUUCAGCAGCACAGGUGGCUUGCUGUUGCGGCAGUGCUGCUUGUUCCUUGUGUUGUUCGGCAUGUCCAUCAUGCAGAAAUUCCACCUCUUCUCGUAUAAUGUAUGCGUUAAUGCUGUUACUGACUACCAUUGCUGCCUGUAUUACCCUGUCACCAGGAUUGGAAAGUGCGUUAAAGAAGGUACCCUUUUGUAAUAAUGGUUCAGGAAGCUACUUACCAGAUUCUGUUGUAUUUGAUUGUAAUAAAGCUGUAGGAUACCUAGCUGUAUAUCGCAUAUGCUUCAUUUUAACAUGUUUCUUUACCUUAAUGGCACUUAUGAUGAUAGGGGUAAAGAGUUCUAGAGAUCCCAGAAGUGGAAUACAAAAUGGGUUUUGGGGACUUAAGUAUCUUUUGGUAAUUGGAGGAAUAAUUGGAGCAUUUUUCAUUCCUGAGGGCACCUUUGGAAUCACUUGGAUGUAUUUUGGAAUGAUUGGCGGGUUUUGUUUUAUAUUGAUUCAGUUAAUAUUAAUUAUUGAUUUCGCACAUUCUUGGGCCGAAGCUUGGGUUGGAAACUAUGAGGAGACCGAAUCCAAGGGCUGGUACUUUGCUUUAAUAGGAAUAACUAUGCUGAAUUUCGCUUUGAGCAUUACAGGAAUUGUCCUGCUUUAUGUUUUCUUCACCAAGUCAAACGACUGCGAUUUAAAUAAAUUCUUCAUCUCCAUCAAUCUCAUCUUCUGCUUCAUAGUGAGUACUAUCUCAAUUCUGCCUUCCGUUCAAGACAAGCUACCCAGAUCAGGUCUUUUACAAUCGUCUGUUGUUACUUUGUAUGUAACUUAUUUAACUUGGUCUGCUGUUUCUAAUUCUGCAAAGGAAUGCAAUCCUGGUUUGUGGGGCAUAUUUGGUGGAAAAUCUUCUGGAAAUAAUAACAUUGAUAUUAUUGGUUUGCUCAUAUGGAUGUGCUGUGUACUUUACUCUUCACUUCGUUCGGCCAGCAAAUCUUCAAAAAUAACCAUGUCUGAAAAUAUGCUUGCAAAGGAUAAUGGAGCAGUAAGAGGCAGUGGAUCAGGAAAUUUGGUCGAGAAUGAAGAAGGAUAUACUCCUAUCGCAGGUAAUGAUGGAGAUGGUGGAGAGAGUGGAAGGAAAGUCUGGGACAAUGAAGAGGAAUCGGUUGCUUAUAGCUGGAGUUUCUUCCAUGUAAUGUUUGCCUUGGCUACUCUGUACGUUAUGAUGACCCUCACCAAUUGGUAUAAACCAAAUUCCAAUCUUGAAACCUUCAAUUACAAUGCAGCUUCUAUGUGGGUGAAAGCAAUUUCCAGCUGGCUCUGCUUGGCUCUGUACUCCUGGACCUUGAUAGCUCCAGUUGUCUUGAACGACCGUGAAUUCAAUUAAAUUGUUGUAAGAACCAGUAAAUAAUCUUAUAACUCGCUUGGCGAAAUAUCUAUCAGCAAACAUUGUAUUGAAUAUUUACUGGAAUUUGAAAAAAAAAGAAGUAUAUUUUUAACUUACCUUUCCAAUUAGUUGUCUUGUUCUGAAUGUGAUUUUUUUUAUAUGUAUAUAUCUGUUGUAAAAUAGUUGCUUUUAUCUUUAGUCUGAUGUCGUCACUGCAUUUGUGUGAUAUUCUAGAUGUAAGGUUUUCCAUUAAACCUAUUUUUAUUACCUAUAUGAGAAUUAAAGGGUAGUGUUUUAUAUUUAGAAAGGCUAUUUUAGUUCAAAAUAGUUAUAGAAGCUAUUUGCUCUUUAAACUCAACUAUCCAAUAUUGUAUUUAUGAAGUAUUUACUCAAUAAAUUCAUUUAAAAUA